AUGAUUGAUGAAGCACCUGAAGUAUUAUCACCAUUUGAUAUUUUACAAUUAAAAGUUAAUGCAGAGAAUUCUUUAUCUUCCUCACAAGAUUUAAAUCAACAUAAUGUAACAACGGCUAGUCAAAUUUUACAAGAAAUUAAACCAAGUAAAGAAUUAACUAAACAAGAAACUGAAGCAUGCAAUUCCAGAGGAACCAAUUGA